AUGGUGGCGAUGACUGCCGAAGAGCAACUCCGUCAGGAGCUUGAGGCAGCAAUAGCAGCGCGGCAGGAACUAGAAAGUGCAUUGCAGAAGGCGGCCGAAUACGGUCAAGACCUGCUGGCUCAAGUUCAGGAGCAUGAGCGCACCAUCCAAGAGUAUCGGGAGAAGGAGCGGGCUGUGGAGCCAGACUCGUUCAAGAGUCAGGCACAGCGCCGGCAGUCGACAGCCCGUCGUGCAAGCACGAUCUCCUUCCCUCGAACUCAUGUUUCCAGUGGGGACGCGGAAGACAGCGUCACUCGCACCGGCAGCAUGCCUCGUCGAGUCGGCUUCCUCCCAGGCAGUCCUGACAGCGAUGAUGAGGAGCCAAAAGCAAGGCCAGCCAAAGCCGUGCCGCGGCGUGGCCGUGGUGGUCAGACCAUGGUGGUGGAAGAUCUCAUGCAGCAAAACCAAUCGCUGGAAGAGGACCUGCGACGGCUGCAGGUUAACUACCAGAAGCUGCAGGAGCAAGACGAUUCAGAGGAAGACGAAGAGGGUGAAGGAUCUGAAAGGAAACCCAAAAGAAAAUCCAGGAAAUGCAGUUCGAUCAGAGAUGUCGAUGAAGUGGUUCCAGACGAAGAAAUCUCGGAUCCAGAUUUACAACAGCAGGCCGAUGAGAUUGAAGAACUGCGGCAAGCGUUGCGCACAGCACAGAAGGAGGCUGCCAAGCAGCUGCAGACACUGGAAGCAGAAGUAGAGUCAAAAAAGCAGGAGGUGGAAGAACGAAGGGCUGCAGAGCAGGUGGCAAAGUCAAACGCUGCACAAAGCGAAAGCAAGUGCAAGGUUCUGCAAGAAAGGCUUCAAGUAAUGGCGGAGGAAAACGACAAGACGGAGAGGGAGCUGCAAGUUGCCAAAGCCAAACAGCGGGACUUGACCUUCCAGCUGGAAGAGCAGGCCUUGAGAAACAAGGCCAGGAACCAGCGAAAAUGGAUGCCCACCGCCUGCGAGGAAGCAUUACACAGCGCGGCAGAGCGAGCAUCUCUGGCGGAUGAGUUCCAGAACAUGGAUGAGGAAUCUGAGGUCGUAGACGAAUCCAAAGAGAUGGAGGAGGUGGAUGGUGAAGAAGGAGAUGCGGAGGAUGCGGAGGAAGAUACGCAGGGCAAGGUCGACGCUUCGAUUGAAGUACAAAGCUUGAGAGAGGAGCUCGCAGCAGCGAAGGCCGACGCUGAAUCUUCCAAGGAGGUUGCCAGUCUUCUCCAACAACAAUCCGAGGAAGCCAAGGAUGCAGCGGCCAAGCAGAUACAAGCCCUGCAAGAGCAGCUCGCCGCAGCGAAGGCUGCCGAACAUCGUCAGCAACAAGCCGAAGAUGCUGAGGUGGCAGCAUCCCGACUGACGCACUGCCUACAAGAAGAGCUCGCAGCAGCGAAGGUGGUCCUUGCGCAAGCCGAAGCAACCAAGGCUGACAGCUCCAGAGAGGUUCUCCAAACGGCCAAGGCGGCCAAGGAUGUGCAGGCCACGGCUGCACGAGACAUCAGAGCUGCAGCGGCCGAACUUUCAGAGCUGCGCAUGCACGUGGAAGCCGUCCAGGCAAGUCAGAAGCAGGAGGCUGAAGCUCAGAGGAAUCAGCUGGUGGAGUUGAAGGAGCUCGAAGCAGCCAAGCAGAAGGAUAUCGAGAAGCAGCUGCAGUCAGCAAAGGACCGAGCAGAAAUAGUCAUGGCAGAGAAUGCCACGCUCAGGCGAGAGGUCAAUGCCCUUCGGGAGGCAUCGCCUGCUCUGCAACACAGGCAAGAACCAGAAGAAACGUUCUGGGACCGAGUCAUGGCAUCGAUUGCCUGUGCUCGCACUACAGCAAAGCCCACUUCUCCCUCAAGUAACGGUCGUGCUCAGUCCGGCGAAGCCCACCCAGAGCCAAUACGGCUCUCGAUGCCGGUUGCCGAUGGUCACUGA